AUGGCGAGAACAGCAGCCCUCAUACUGGCGCUCGCCAGCUUCGCGGCCACCGUCUCCGGCCUCACGGACACGGCGUCGAUCGACUAUACCGACCUACACCCGAUAGUUGCUCCCACGGCGGCCCCUGACGCCAGCGAAACAGAUCCGUGGCGAUGCGCAACUGAGGACCCCAUGACCUAUCUCUCCGUGCCGAUGCCGACCGGAGAGCUACGGGAGGCCCAUGAUUCAUUCGGCUCCAGCUUGAUCCAGACCUGCCUCACAUCCGGGACCUAUGACUACCCCUGCGCCUUCCCCGACAAAUCGCGGUGGUGCGGCUUCACCACGGCCAUGCCCGCUUCGCUCCUCCCAGCGUACACACAGUACGCCCGCAGCGCAUCUUCAUGGUGGGCGGCCAACAGCGCCAGUGUCAUCCGCAUCGCCGAGGAGUGCCCCAUCAUGUGGUACGAAGCCUCCAACUUUGGGGUCUUGGGCGGCGCCGUCUUUCUGAACCACACGCUCAUCAACGCCGAGUGCUAUGCCGAAGCGAACCCGACCCUCACCUUGUCGGCAACCGAGCAGCCCACCGCCACACCGGGCCAGGGAGCCACGGAAUCCGACCCGACCAGCACCGCGACCCCCCAGCCAACCCAAACAAGCAGCUUGCCCAACUCCCGGCGCAACUUCCAGAGAGCCCACUUCCAGUCAGUCCCGCUAACCACACCACACCCCUCCACAGGAUCCUGCAACGGCGGCACCCACGCCGACGGCGAAUCCGACGCCUACGCCGAUCUCUGCAGCUUCGCCUGCAGCUUCGGCUACUGCCCGCCGGGCCCCUGCCAGUGCACCUCCUACGGCGUGCCCGGCAAGCCGCCCGCAUCCAAUGGGAUGGACGGCUGUCCGCUGGUCCCCGGCGGUGGGGGCGAAAACGUCGUUGUUGGGCGAUCCCAGCGAUUCCAGCGAUUGGGAGUAAUUGAGAGCGACCGCAGGGCUGCGAUGACGAUGGGUCAGGCAGCGAAGCUCUGUCACCGCUUGCCUAUUCAGGGAGGCGCAUACCAUAUCCCGAGCCAGUUCUUCGGCGGCCUCAGCGUCAUCCUGAUCGGGGACUUCUUCCAGCUUCCCCCUGUUCUGAACAAGCCGCUGUACUCAACGCGCGACGACCUGAAGGAUAUCGAGAUGGUCGGGCGCAACGCGUACCUCUCGUUCGACAAGUCCGUGUUCCUGACCACAAUACAGCGGCAGCAGGGCGAAGACCAGGCUCCUUUCCGGCGGGCCUUGGAAGAACUGCGAAAGGCUGAUGUGUCGGUACCCUCCUGGGAGCUCCUCGCUUCGAGAUGCUCUGUCAAGCUCUCACCCGAGGAGGUUGACAGCUUUGCUGAUGCGCUUCGCAUCUAUCCCACCAAGGCCCAGGUCGAGGCAAAGCAUGAGGGUGUUGGUGCGGAGAAGGUUGAAUCCUCAAAUGCCGGCAACUUGGCCAAGCGCUUGCCCUUGUGUGUUGGUUGCAGGGUGAUGCUGACGCGGAAUUUGUGGGCCAACGUCGGGCUCGUCAACGGCGCACAGGGCACAGUCUACGACAUAUCCUGGAAAGAAGGUGCCGACGUGCUGCGAGACCCGCCCGAGGUCAUCAUGGUGGCCUUCGAUGACUACGACGGCCCGGGCUUCACGAUGCCGAACGGGGAGCCGCUCCGUAGUGGAGAGAAGCUGGUUGUUCCCAUCCUCCGAGUGCGGCAGGAAUUCAUGAUCGGCGCCAACUCAUGUUCAAGAGAGCAGUUCCCGCUGCUGGUCAGCUAUGCGAUCACCGUCCACAAGUCACAGGGCAUCACCCUGGACAAAGUCGUCUGCGAUAUCUCUGCGUCAGAGUUUGCUUCUGGCCUCUCCUACGUGGCCGUUUCCCCAGUAAAGACACUCGGCGGGCUGAUGUUUGAGCGACCCUUCGACCGCAGCAGGGUCUAUCGCGAGACACCAUCACGAGCCAUGGGUUUGAAGUUAUUGGAUCACGCUACUAGGCGACUGCAGGCGUUAGAUGCUGUGGCCGGGGUGGAUCCUUCAGAGGAGUUAAGUGGGUUUAUAAGUAGCGACGAAGAGAGUCAUCACCGAGACUCAAAAAGCGGAGGUCCCCCCGAUGUGUCCAAGUAG